AAUGAAUCCUGGACAUUUGGCAGUCUCUCUCCAGAGCCUCAAAAAGAGAUCAAGUAGGUUUCUUGGAAGCCACUCUUGAAGGCUUGGAGCUUUAUAUAUGUGUACACACACAAGUGACACAAUAUCCUGUACAGGCCAGGAGAACAAGCGUCUUACAUAAACUCCAUCAUAUUCAGGCCACCAUUUGAUCAUUUCACUUUCAUAACUUCUCAGUUUCUUCUCUUUCUUUAUUGGUUCAGUUUUUAUUUUUUGUUUUUUAUCCUUUUUCUCUCUAUCUUAGUACAUUCUGUUCGUGUCAUAGUGACUUGGACAUAUACACACACUUAUUCUAUCUCCUUUGCUAACACAUAUCUUAAAGGAGGGUCAUUCUCAAACACUCAUGGCAGGGAAAGCCAAGAACAAGAUGAAACUUGAAUUGGGUUGCGGUUUGAUGGGGAGAAUUUUGCAACUCAAAAGCAAUAGGCUGAGAAAAUCCUCUGUUCAUUCACUACCCGUGAAGCCUAGCAACACUGCACAACACAAGGAUCAUGCCAAAAACGAAUCCAAGAGGCCUCAAAACCAUGGAUCAAAGGUUCCAAAAGAUAGCUUCACUGAGACUGUUCCUACACCGAAAGUGGAACAGAAUCCAGCCACAAAGAGUCCCUCUAAUCAUCGUGCAACUUCUGCGUAUCGAAACAUCCAAAAUGGAAGACCUUCAGAUGCUGCAAGAAGCUCAGUUCAACAGAACCACGAUUCCAAUGAUGAGUGUAAACAACAGAAAGAGCAUGCUGGUAAUUCUCUGGAACUUGCUAUUGCUAGGAUAAGUACAAGCACUAGUCAUCAGCAAAACAACGAGACCAAAUCCCCAGCCAAAGAUUUAAGUGCCUUGAAACUCACUGGGAAUUUGAUUGUGAAUAGCAGCCCAAGAACUAGUGUUACCAAGAAUAAAGAGUUGAAUUCUAUGUCCAGUUCUUACAAUAAUAAUACAAACAAAGGUUUAAUGGGGAAUAUCUUGAGGAAGAGCGAUGAUGAGUUUGCACAAUUUCGAAGUCCAAGGAACAGCAGAGUGGACCCUGAGGUGUUCAAAUCCAUGGGGAAUGAAGCAUACAAGCAGGGAAGAUUUGGGGAAGCUUUGGCUUUGUAUGAUCGAGCCAUUGAUCUUGACUCCAAUAAGGCAACGUAUCAUUGCAAUAAGAGUGCAGCUUUAAUAGGCUUGCGACGCUUUCCGCAGGCAAUAGUUGAGUGUGAGGAAGCAAUCAGAUUGGAACCUUCGUAUGGCAGAGCCCACACUCGUUUGGCAACCAUAUAUUUCAGAUUGGGAGAAGUAGAAAAGGCAAUGAAUUGCAAUCAAACAGCCCCAUAUGUAGAUUCCAUCCUCGCUUACCAAGCUCAGACUCUUCAAAAUCACCUCAACAAAUGCAAUGAAGCUCGGAAAGUCAAUGAUUGGAAAUCUAUAUUGAAAGAAACCCAGGCUGCAAUUUGCUUAGGUGCUGAUUCAGCUCCACAGGUCUAUGCUUUACAAACUGAAGCCUUGCUGAAGCUCCUAAGACAUCAAGAGGCAUACGCAACCUACGAGAAAACGCCAAAACUUGACCUUGAUAGUUGUAACAAAUUACUUGGCCUGGCUCGUAGUGCUUACCUAUUGAUGAUAGGCGCACAAGUUUACUUGGCAGCCGGCAGGUUUGAGGAUGCUGUGACAGCAUCUCAGCAUGCAGCUAAAUUUGAUCCAAGCAGCAACGAGGUGAAUGCAAUGGUAAGGAGAGCCAGAGCAGCUGCAUCAGCUAGAAUGAGCGGUAACCUACUUUUCAAGGCAUCAAAAUUCAUGGAAGCAUGUGCUGUAUACAACGAAGGACUAGAGCAUGAUCCAUACAACCCAAUUCUGCUAUGCAACAGGGCAGCAUGUCGAUCUAAGCUAGGCCAAUUUGAAAAAGCAAUUGAAGAUUGUAAUGUAGCCCUUAUAGUUCAGCCUAGUUAUAGCAAGGCAAGGUUGAGGAGGGCAGAUUGUAAUGCCAAGUUGGAACGAUGGGAAGCUGCCAUUCAAGACUACGAAAUGCUAAUAAGAGAAAAGCCAGUGGAUGAGGAGGUGGCCAGGGCUCUGUUUGAGGCCCAGCUCCAACUCAAGAUGCUACGUGGUGAAGAUAUUAAGGACUUGAAAUUUGGUGCAAAUUUGGUUUUCAUCUCAAGCAAUGAUCGGUUUAGACAUUAUGUAACUUCACCCGGGAUGUCUGUGGUGCUCUUUUGCAACAAGGCAACCCACAAGCAAGUAUUGCUUGUUUUGGAGCAAACCUGCAAGAGAUACCCAUCAGUUAAUUUUCUUAAGGUGGAGAUUGAAGACCACCCUUACUUGGCAAAAUCAGAAGGUGUGAACUCCAUUCCAGCCUUCAAAAUAUACAAGAAUGGAUCAAGGGUUAAAGAAAUUCCAGGCAACAACCACGAAUUGUUAGAAAGAUCAGUUAUAUUAUAUAGCAGCUGAAGAAAGUCACACUUCUUCAAAUGACAACAUAUAGACUGCAGGAUGAGGAAGGUUUGAAUUUUCAGAAGGGAUGUGAAAGGAAGACGUCCAAAAUAAAUCAAGCUAAUUGUUUGUGCUUCAUAAAUUUGGUGACCUUGCAUAUAAGGCAGAGGAAACCAAAAAAGCAUAGCAUUGUUACAGGCCGUAGAAAAGUUUACAGGAAAAGGAAUUCUUUGUGUUAGUAAUUGAUUCUUUUAAUCCUUUGGAUGUUUGAGCAGUCUUUAAUUCUUCAUAUGCAGUGAAUAUUGAUCUUGAAACCUGAACAACUUCAGCUUUUUUCAUUGAUAAGUUAUAUAUUCUUUACAGGAGUGGUUUUUUACCAGUGGACAUUCUAAAUUAUUAUAGCAAUGUAGUAGAAGGAACCCAAUUGUUGUACAUUACAGAAACUUUGUGGAAUACGUGAACAUUUGUUAUGCCCUUGUUAGUUGUGGUGAGAGUUUCUAUUAUUUUAAAUUUUAUCUUUCAAGCUUGAUGGUUCAAACACACAUUGUUUUCCGCUUAAGCAGGCCAGA